CUCAUUCCUCACCCACAACACCGCAAGAUGACGCAGCCUGUCGCGGACCCACCGCCGCUAUACCGGCUUCCAAAUGAGCUACUUCUACAUGUAGCUGAACACGUCGAUGCCGCAGAGGUCGCCGAUCUUCUUUCGCUGUCACAAGUGUCCAAGAGAGUACGCCCCAUCGCGGAAGACCUGCUCUACCGAUGCGUCAAACUCGGCCCUCCGCAAAUCGAUGAGCCAGCCGCCAAUGGAAUGCCCCGACUUCUCCUCACAAUUCUGACACGCCCGGAAUUAGCCGAGAAGAUGCGCGCCCUACAAUUUGUGACUGUUCGGAAGAACCUUUGCGGGGCCUACCACAUGGCUGGGCUUGACUUUGAGCAACUCCGAUUGCUCAGUCUCGCAAAGCUGGUCGCAUUGGGCUACAAGAAAGGUCAUCCGUGGCAUAGAAUGGUUGAGGCUUCCAUUGAAUCAGCCUAUGGGGGACUGCUUCUGGCAAUACUCUCAAAUCUUACGACCUUAGACGUAGCGGUUCUCGAUUGCGCUCUAGCGUGGGACAGACUCAAUUCCGCGUCCUCUGAUCCUAUCAUGGCGCUCUUCGGUACCCUCAUUCCGCCAAAGGUAGCGAUAGGUCUGUUUCAGCAACUUGUAUCCCUAGCAGCUCUGGCUUCGCACACGGAGUUCCUCGCCCUCGAUAUGCCCAAUCUGAGCCAAUUAUCAUUGGCCAAUAUUAGUCCGGAUGAUUUGCUACGGCUCAACGGCCCUGCAAGCCUUUCGGGGGCACCCAAACUGCAUUCCAUGGCCAUAUCACUUGAUCACGAGAUGAUCAGGUCCGGAACACUUCCCUUUCGGUACAGCGAUCUGGAGCAUAUGUUCUCCGCUUUCGACUGUCCGGACUUGACCAACCUUUCACUCCGCCUGUUUUCGACUGGGAUCGUAAGCGCACAUACCGAGCCUGAAUUCCCUUAUCUGAUCAAGAGCCUGAAUUCAUUGGCCGGGCAAUUACAAAUCUUGGACAUAAACGUCUUCCCCGACAGCGACACGGUCCCGGCGCGCGCGAAUAUUUUUCGUCGCGCUAUUCCGAUUCAUUCUAUACGGCAUUUCACUUCCCUCUUAUUCUUCAGCGCACCUCAGGGCGCCUUGAUCAACGGACCUGAAGUACACUCCUUCGGCGAUCGCAUGCCCAAAAUGGUUGUUUUCUUCCCGGCGUCUCUAGAAACCCUAUGCAUAAGGAACCCUACAGAAGAAGUCCAUUCUUGGCUGGCUCAAAUUCCGAAACUGAGCGGCCAUGAAUUGCCAUGCCUUGAGGAUAUAGUUUUCUGGAGCGGUGGAUGCUAGUCCCUGACUGAACUACAGGCGGAGCCUUUCUGGCAGAAACUGGAUGCCGUGUGGGAAAUUUUUGUUGGAAAUCUUCCGGCGACUAGGACAAUGAAGGGAUACGCGAGAUAUGAUAGAUCGGGAGAAUGGCGUCGGCUAGGUGCAUCUGUGGCCACCUAAACGACCUAUUGGGAAUGAUGUUCGAAUGAGAGCACUCGUAAUAGGCAUGGCCACAGGCUGGAAAAUAUUUAGAUCGAGGGGUACGAUGAGGGCAUAUACAG